CGCCGUAUCAAGUGCAGCUCGGACUCACGGACCUCACCGGUUUGCCUUUCACUCGUAUUGUGGUUUUCACUACUGUUACUGAUUAGCCUACGGAUUUUUUUCUCAGCCUUGAAUGCCUGCCUUCAUGCCAGAUUUUCUUCCAUUUGCACCCAGUUAUCUUCAGCAUGGGGGAACAGAACCAAUCUCCAGGGAAGGAGCUUCAGCAAAGGACACGAGUAGAAGCUCCAGGAAAGAAAAGUUGGCACACCCAAGCCUACGCCCUUGGGGCUGUUUCCAAUUUUAUGUCUACUUUCCUGACCUUUCCUAUCUAUAAAGUUGUAUUCCGGCAACAGAUUCAUGCUGUAGCAGUGUCAGAGGCUGUGAGAAUGCUUUGGCAUGAAGGCCCUCAAUACUUCUACCGUGGAAUCUACCCACCGCUCCUCUCCAAGACUUUGCAAGGGACUCUCCUGUUUGGGACUUAUGAUAGUAUGUUGUGCUCUCUCUCCCCUGUUGGGCCACACUCCCUGGGACACCGCUGGGCUGCAGGGCUCAUGUCUGGUGUGGUGGAGGCUGUGGCACUCAGCCCAUUUGAAAGAGUGCAAAAUGUGCUGCAGGAUGGUCGCAAACAAGCCCAGUUCCCCAGCACCUUCAGCAUUCUCAAGGAAUUCAACUCUUAUGGGCUUUGGGGUCGGCUUUCACUAGGCUACUAUCGUGGCUUCUGGCCUGUCCUUGUCAGAAACAGCCUGGGGAGUGCUCUGUAUUUCUCCUUCAAGGACCCCAUCCAGGAUGGGUUGGCAGAGCAAGGCCUGCCCCAUUGGGUUCCUGCAUUGGUGUCUGGGGGUGUCAAUGGAACGAUCACCUGCCUAGUUCUGUAUCCACUUAUUGUGUUAGUUGCCAAUAUGCAGUCCCAUAUUGGCUGGCAGAGUAUGCCAAGCCUGUGGGCCUCAGCCCAGGAUGUAUGGGACACUCGGGGCCGAAAGGUACUCCUGAUCUACCGUGGUGGCUCCCUGGUUAUUCUAAGGUCUAGUGUGACAUGGGGACUCACUACUGCUAUCCAUGACUUCCUGCAGAGGAGGUCUCAUUCUAAGAAAGAGCUGUAAGAUAUUCUAGCUAUAAGAUGUAUGGUCAUGACAACUUUGUUGUUCUACGCCUUCCUAGGUUGGUCUGAAUAGUUUACUUAUUUGAUUUGGGUACUUAAUGCAGUCAUUCUUUAUCCUCUUUGAACUGUCAAUGACCAUAAGAAAUUCCCAACUACCAGUCUGGUUGGGCACACAGACAAAACCCAAUAGGAUUCCUUAGAA